AUGUCCUCGGCCUUGGACCCGGAUUUGUCCCUGACGUGGUCUCGGGCCGCUCUCGCCGUAUGCCUGCUUCUGGUCGUCUUUCUGAUCGUCCAGGCCCACGUCGCAACCAGCCGACCAAAGAACUUUCCCCCGGGUCCGCGCGGGGUGCCGUUCCUGGGCAACCUCGCGUCCAUCCCGCUGGUAAAGUCGUACGUGACCUUUGCGGAGUGGACGAAGCAGUACGGGCCCAUCAUCGGGCUCAAGGCCGGUCCGCUUAACCUCAUCGUGCUGCAGGACCCCGAGGAUAUCCACGAGCUGUACGACCGGCGCGGACACUUGUAUGCGGGACGGCCGUAUAACUACAUCGCCCUCAACCAUGUGUUUGAUCCGGAGAUGGGGCAGAUCCUUCUGUUCCAGCGCAACGACCGGUUGCUUAAGCGAUGGAAGCGGCCGGCGAGGUGGUUCCUCAGCCAGCAGGGCAUCGACAGCCUGGGACCCAUCAUCGAUUCCAUGAGUUCACGCUGUGUCAAGAGCCUCGUGGACCGACCAGGAGACUUCCUGGAACACCUGCGGGUGUGGGCGUUGAGCACACCGCUGGUUGCGUUGAGCGGGCAGGCCGAUGUGAGUCCGGAGCUGCUCCGGACGUACUUUUACCGACAGAAGCUGCUGACGGGUCUCCUGGAGCCGGGCAAGACGCCGCCGGUCGACUUCAUCGUGCCCCUGCGGUGGGUGCCGGCUCGGUGGGCCAAGUGGAAGCGGGACGCCAAGUUUGUGCGGGAGCACCAGGAGGGCUUCUACGGCGAGAUGGUGACCAGAGCCAAGGCGGCGCGGGAGCGGCGACGCGAGGGCGGGCCGGCUGGUGAGUACGUGUGCGUCAUGGAGCGGCUGAUGGACGAGGAGAUGCCGGAGACGGAGGUGAAGUGGCUGGCGGGCGGGCUGCUGGACGCGGCAUUUGAUACGUCGAGUGCGGCCGUGUUGAACUUUGUCGUGGCCAUGGCCGGACACCCGGAGGUGUUGGCGAAGGCCCGCGAUGAGAUAGAAGUGGUGUGUCAGGGGAAGAUGCCCAACGGAGAGGACGUGGCUAGGUUGCCGUAUUUGAAAGCGUGUAUGCUGGAGAUGCUGCGAUGGAGACCUUCGACUCCGCUAGGGCUUCCGCACGUUACCGAGUCGGACGACACUUACAAGGGGUACGUGAUCCCACGGGGCACCAAUGUCGUCGUCAACGCGUACGGGCUGCUUCACGACCCGGCCAUCCACCGGGAUCCAGACACGUUCGACCCGUCGCGAUACCUGGACGCCGCGGCGCAGAACGACGAGCUGCAGCGGAGCACGUGGGUGUUUGGCGCCGGCCGCCGCAAGUGCCUCGGGGAGCAGUACACGAUGCAGGCGCUGCUGACCAUCAUGGCCAAGGUCGUGUGGGCGCUGGACAUGGCCGUGCCCGCGGGGACGGACCUGAGCGUCGAGGAGGGCUUUGACGGCGGGUUGAUGAUGAAGCCGCGCGAGGGGCUGGUGGUCGAGAUGAAGGUGCGGGAGGGGAGGGCGAAGGGCGUGGAGGCGGAUUGGGAGAGGGGCGAGGCGGAGCUGAGGAGAAUGUUGGGGACCAAGAUUGAGUAG